AUUAGUGUCCUGGACACAGAGUCUUUCAUUCCUACUACAAACCGCUUCUACUUGCUCGUACUAGAGUACUGAUAACUCCUUAUAUAUAAUUGAAAGGAAAAAUGUCUUCUUCUCUGUCUGGUAAGUUAAGUAUUGAAACAGAGGCCAAGUCAUCUGCUCCUGCUUUAUACGAGGCUCUCGCGAAACGAUUGUACGAGGCACCAAAACUUUGCCCUACCUAUAUACAGAAAGUUGAUUUAGUAGAAGGUAACUGGGAAGAGGUGGGUGCUGUCAUGAACUGGCAUCUUUUAUACGAGGGGAAAACUGUAAUUUCCAAGGAGAUAUAUGAGAAGAUAGAUGACGAAAAACUAUCGGUCACUUUCAAGGUGAUAGGAGGAUUACUCGCAGAGGCAUACAAAAGUUUCAAAUUCGUUUUUCAGGCCAUUCCAAAGAGAGAGGGAUGCUUGGGCCGUUGGAUUGUUGAAUAUGAGAAACUUAACGCGGAGAUCCCAGAUCCAAAACAAAUGCUUCAGUUUUCAGCUGGUCUUACCAAAGAGAUAGAUGAUAAUCUUAUCAUGAUCAAGAGCAAUUAAGGAGUAGCUAUGAACAAAAGCAUCGCAUAUUAUAGCAUAUUCUAUAUAAAUACGUACCUUUAUUUUCUGAAAAAGAAAGUAUGUAAAAAGGUACCCUUUCCUGCAUAAUGAAUUGUUGGGGUUUUUUGUUUGAGCAGGUAUCUCGUGUCUUUCAUGGUGGAUCGAUCCAUUAUAUGUACUCGUAUGGUUUCUGAGGCCAUCUCUCUCAAUUUAUGCUUAUAAUAAGCCUGCAAACGAAACUUCCUUAUGCUUC